AUGGAGUCGGUGGACAAAGACCUAGACAUGGACUUUGAUCUCGCGGACCAAGACGAAGACGAUGCGGAUCCAGCUCCGAAACCUAACCAGGAUGAACCCCCCGCAACCCCAUUAGCUUCCACUACACUCACUGAAGCCCAAUUCCGCACUCUCGAACGCCAGUAUCAAGAAACCCUUGCUGAACUCGAAGCCGUGUCGAGCCUCAACCGAUACCGCGAAGAGUUUGAGAAACUCUUUGGCUCCUUUCGAAACUCAUUCACCAACGAGCAAUCCCUGCUUGCAUCCAACAUCUCGUGCCAGGCCAAGCUCGAUACAACCAAAGAAAACCUCGACUGCGCCCACAAACGCAUAGAUGAUCAAGAACUCGUCAUUGCCAACUACAAACGCGAGUUGCAAAAGGCCCUCGAGGAAGUGCAUCUCGCCAAAUCUGAGAAGAAGGAAGCCGAGGAGAAAAUUAAUGCUCUCAACGGUGAGAUUCGCCGGUUAACGACCGCAGUUGAUGAAGCGACAGACCGUGGUAACGCUGCAGAAACACGCGUGGAAGACCUGAAAGUAGAUUUUGCAGAACUGAAUCUCUACGCCAAAGACAUCCUCCGCCAAUUAGCAGAAGAAAAAGAGGCGAACAACGAGCUUUUAGCCGAAAUCGAAGAGAAUAAAGCCGUCAUUAAGCAGCUGAAGGAGAAAUCCGAUCAAUUGGAUUCCAUAACCGAGACCCACGCUAAAGAUCUCGAAGACAAGAUUAAAACGAUCGAGAGCAUUUCGAAACAACUCCAGCAAUCGCAGAGCAAAAGCAACGGCCUUCAAGAUGAAAUCACGUCCAUCCGUACGUCAUUAUAUGACAAGACGCUGGAGUUGAACUUCAUUCAGACCAACACAGCGAAGAUGAAGUCUACCAACGACUCUUUGAACCAUCAGAUAGAUGAUCUCAAGAAACAACUAGAAGUAGCCACAAACGAAAUCGCGUCGAACGAAGUCCAGAUUAAGAAAUUCAAUGCUGAGGUGUCGCACUGGAGCAACAAGGAAAUCAUGAACAUCGCCGAGCUCGAGAAAAUCCGGAAAGAACUGCGGGAAGUAUCAAAACACAACCAGGAAUUGAAGAAACACGAAUUUAAAGCCAGACUAGCGCUUGAGAAGGCGCAAAGUCAGAAGGAAAAAUUCGCCGCUGAAAAGAACAAACUCGAAGAGAAAUUCCAGCAAGAACGUAUGUUCAGAGAAGCGAUCGUUCAGGAAAGGGACGCUUUGCUUCAAGAGCGCGAUGCUCUCCUAAACUCGAAGUCGCAUUUGGAAGCGCAAAUUUUGGCACAAAAUGAAGACCGGAAAAACAAGGAUGCUACGUACGAGUCGUCAGUCACAGAAUUGAAGCGUUUGCGAAAGAUAAUCACUGACCUCGAAGAAGAAAAAGGGUCACUGGAAAGCAAACGAGCCCGUCUUCAACGCGACAAUGAACUCAUGCGGACCAAAUUAAAUAUUACGGAACAGCAACAAACAUCACAGUCUGCUGCUACGUUGAAUCUUCAGCGUCAGUUGAAAGCCACGGAAUUACAGUCUAAAUCUUUGCUCACAGAUAUUGAUAAGUUAAGAAAAGAAAAACUUGAGUACAGCAAAAUCGCUGCGGAAAACAUGGAAUCGUGUGAAGAUUUGCGCCAAAAGGUGAAGCUUCUGGAUCACAGGAUCCAGCUUCUCUCUGAAAACCUGACUCGGCAGGAAGAGAAUUUAUCCGCUGCCGAAAAAACAAUCCUCAACACGAAAUCUUUGCUGGAGAAAAAGACAGUAGAAUCUCAGAAUUUGCGGAAAAACGAAUGUCACCUUAAAAAGUCCUUCUCCAAAGCAUACACGUGCGUCUUCGUUGACCUUGUUCUCGAGCACUUUUAA